UCUCCUCUUCUUCUUCUACCUUCUUUCACUUCUACGACCAAAUAAAAAAAGGCGGAAACCAAAAAAGACCAAAAAAAUAGAAAUCUAUAAAAGGGGUGGAGUGCUCAUUUCAUUGGCUUCAUAUUCUGGUGAAUAUGAAUGUUAAUUUAUGCAUGAAUCGAACAACAGGGACAUAGAAUCUCACGGUCUUCUACAUUUCUUUGAUUCGAACGAGCUAUGAGCAUAUUAUAGGUCCUUUAUUUGUUUGGAUAUGAAUUGGUUCUGCUGUGAUGGUUUUAUGGGCGUGAGAAAAGCUCAUUCUAAUUCUGACGAACACUUAAACAUCUUGUCCUCCAUCAAGAAUGUCAAAUCUUUCUCCUACAAUGAGAUCAAAGAAGCGACAAAUAAUUUCAACCAAAGCAACAUGUUAGGUCGAGGUGGCUUUGGUACUGUGUACAAGGGAAGUCUUAAGGAUGGGACACCAUUUGCUGCAAAGGUGCUCUCUACAGAAUCAAAGCAAGGGCUGAAGGAAUUUCUAACCGAGAUUCAGACCAUAGCCAAUGUCAGGCAUGAAAAUCUUGUUAAGCUAAUUGGCUGCUGCAUUCAGGGACGUAAUAGGAUAUUAGUCUAUGAAUAUCUUGAGAAUAAUAGUCUUGAUCAAGCAUUGCAAGGUUUCAAGAUUGGCAAAGUGAAACUAAACUGGGGCGUAAGAUCUUUGAUUUGUGCAGGCACUGCAAGGGGUCUCGCCUAUCUUCAUGAAGAACUUGAGCCCCAUAUCGUGCAUAGAGACAUUAAAGCCAGUAACAUUCUCCUUGACAAAAAUUUCAUUCCAAAAAUUGGAGAUUUUGGGUUGGCCAAGCUUUUUCCUGCUUAUGCUACUCACAUCAGCACGCGCGUUGUUGGAACAACUGGUUAUUUGGCACCAGAGUAUGCUGUGCAUGGACAACUGACUAAAAGGGCUGAUAUUUAUAGCUUUGGUGUUCUUUUACUUGAAGUAAUUAGUGGAAGGAGAAUCUCAAGCUUUCAAUUUUCAUCAACAGAUACAUUUCUCGUGCAAUGGGCAUGGCAAAUUUAUGAGGAAGAUAGAUUGAUAGAUCUUGUCGAUCCGAAUCUCGAUGGAUAUCCAGAGGAAGAAGUGCUAAGAUACAUCAAGGUCGCCCUUUUCUGCACCCAAGCGGCCGCCGCUCGAAGACCUUCUAUGCCCGACGUUGUGGAGAUGCUGUCGAAACCCAUGAAGCUGCAUGACAUGGAACUUACGCCCCCACAUGUCGUCCAAGACUCGAUAAAUCUCAGUAGAGGCUGCGGUUUGUCGAACUCUAGCAAUACAAAGUCGAAUAGUUUAUGCCCUCCGACUAUAUCUGCUUCUAUUAUGUACAGCGAAGUCGUUCCGAGGUAGUUUCGUUUAGUGAACAAAAAAAAAAAAAAAAAAAAAAAAAAAAAAAAAAAAAAAAAAAAAACCAUCUGUAUUUUCUUUGAAGGUGCAUAGAGGCAUGAUAUCAUAGCCUUGUGUUUACUCCUAUGACUCUGGUAAUUGCUUUAUGUUACGCAAGAUCUUACUGAGAAUGUCUCCCUACUUU